GUCACAACCUGGGGCUCGUUCACCUUGAACAACAGUUCAAAACAGAUCCAGCUGGCUCACUUUGCCGUGCCGCGACAGGAAAGCCCAAACAGCCCCCAAGAGCCGCUUCGUCUUUGUUGCACCUGCCUUGUGUGGCAGGUGGCAGGUGGGUGGCAGCUUCUCGUUGGUGGGUAGAACCAACCAGGCGGUUGGGUUGGCCCAUGGAACAAAGCUGAACCUUUACGACCGGGCGCUCUCUCGACGCCUCGGCUCUACUCUACACACAUCAUUUCCUCCGUCAUGACCUUUUCAGACUUUUGCCUCCUCGAAGUCGAGGACGCACGCGGCAUCUGAAUCCCUCUCCAUCACUCUGGAAAUAUUUUCUAGUUGAAGCCCGCUUGUACACUCUUGCAGGGCAGGCAGUAGGCGGGCUCUGCCUUAUCCAGCCUCUUAACCACCGACUUUCCAGCAUUUAUGCCCAACCAGUCGCGCCUCACCUUGAUUCAUCAACAUCGCAUCGCAUAUUCUCCCUAACCAGUCUGUGCUUAUUGUACUCUCACAAAGUCAAAAAUAAGCAAAAUUCCCACACCAUAUCCGACGAGAAGAAAAAAAGCAGCCAUGGCAAGCAUGUCUCCCGCCCCCGCCGGCGACCAGAACCGCAUCGCGCAGCUGUCGCCCGAGCUGCGCAUCAUGAUCUUCCGCGAGGCCGUGCGCCAGGACCGUCCCAUCCGCAUCGCGCACGACAGCCCGGCGCUCGACGUACUGCUAGUCUGCCGCCUGUUCCGCGGCGAGGCGACCGAGUGGUACUACCGCGAGAACACGUUCGUGGUCGAGGACCCCGUCGCGGCCCUCAUCUGGUCGAGCCGCAUCGGCCCCUACGCGCGCUUCGUGCGCAGCGUCCAGCUCGAGGUGGACGUCUCCCCGCUGUCCGAGGACGCCUGGGCGGUCCUGGGCGUGCCGCGCGGCGGCCACGACACCCAGUGGAAGGGCGUCGUCGCCAACCUGCCGGCAUGGUUCCCGCGCCUCGAGGAGCUGCGCCUCGCCGUCGUGGCCCACCUGCUCAAGCGCGAGGUCGGCCCCGACGCCGAGCCGCGCGUGCACCGCUUCGCCGACGUGGCGCGCGAGCUCAUCAGUUACCUGGACGAGGACGAGGACGGGUGCCUCUUUGCCAUGGAGCGGGAGUGUCCCAACUUUGCCGCCUUGCGCAUCGGCUCGCCGUUCCCGCGGGAGUGGGAGCUCGACUACGUGGACUCGAUGACGUUGUGCAUCUACGAGACUGACUCGGACGGCGUUCGCUGGUAUGAGCUGCACGGGCCUGAACCGACACCAUCCGAGACCGAGGAAGAGGAGGAGGAGGAGGAAGAAGAAGAGGAGGAGGAGGAGGAAGAGGAGGAGGAGGAGGAAGAGGGAGGGGAUGACGACGACGGCGACGAUAACGAAAACGAAAACGGCAAUAACGACAAUGAUGAUAACGACGAUGAUGACGAAUGACGAUGGCAACAACAACGACCAAGAUGAUAAAGAGAAUGAGGAAGGCAACGAAGACGAUUAAGACAACGAAGAGAAUGCGGAAGGCGAUGGCUAUCAAGUGUAGCUCUUGAUCGACUUCAGAGACCCAUGAUGAGCCGGUCAUGGCCGUUAGAUCUAUCUCACCCCACAAAGCUGGGGGUUUAUGAGUGAUCCAGAGCUGACACUCACCAGCCGAUCGACUCUGGGAGUAGCCACACGCGACCUGAGUCUCCCCGGUUGCAUCAGCAGAACCACCCAGUCCGGUGGCUAGCGGCGGGGGACACGAAGGAACGCGCAACGGGGGACGCACCGAGCUCAUCUGUAUAAACCGAUUCCUUUCCCAUCUUAACUCGUCAUGGCAGGCUCAUCCAACAUACCUACCCGCGAGCUCCGCAAUCGGCCUCUGUAGACGGGAAGUCAAGGAAAAUAGGACUAGACAGAAUCCCAAACCCACUGUUUUACGGCGCGGAAAACGCCGACGUACGUCAAUUCAAAAAGCAGCAAGAAAAUACAUAUGAAAACAGC